CCCACAUCAAGUCAAGAUGGAGAAGCUAGUGUUUUCCGUCUGUUUCCUCGCGGUCUGUUUCCUGAUCAGCGAUUCCAGCUGCUUGGACAUGUUUAAAAGCAGGUCUGCGAAGAAAUUCUCGUUGUUUAAAUCGCGACAAUCUUUUAAUAACUUCAAGAAGAGGUCAUUUUCUGGAGAUAAUUUGAAUGUUCGAGGAAAGCCCGAGGGCAAGGGACAAGACCCCCCGCAGCCUCCACCCGUCCAGGAUGUAUGGGGAACGCUUGGAAUAUCAAGAGAAGAUUUCAUGAAAAAACACAAGGAUAAUCUGACAGCAGAAGUGAGGAGUGAUAUCAAAGAGAAUAUGAUGAAAGACUUACAGGAUAUGAAGGCAGGCAUGGAGUUCUGGGCUAGAGUAAUCUCGUGUUCGAGUAUGUAUGGUAUGUAUGACAAUGGGGCGACAGCUAAGAGGACGGUGAACGACACGGAAUCACAGGUGGAGCGGAACAUUACUGAAGUAGAGCAACAAGAGGAGAGUGCUUUAGAGGCCUUACUGGCCACCUUUGGAGUCAAUGAAACUAAUUUAGAGGAAACAGUCCAAGGACUACCCAUACCGAAGUUUAUUGAUGAAUGCAACGACAGUCCACUGAUCAUCGGGACUGGGAACGAGAAGGCAGACGAUGACCAGACACUGGCCAUCUGUGGAAGGUUACUCAUGGUGAAGACGAUAAAGAAACUGGCCGAAAAUAGUGAGAAUACACUGGUCAGCUUUAUGAACAGUUUCGAGGAAUAUCUGAAAGGAACUCUGACAUUUUUUCGCAUGUACUACAUGUAUCUUUCAACUGAAGUUCCUGAUGAUUCAUCAAUGGAUGAAGUUACCCGAGUUCUCCAAGCAAACAAACUUAAUGAACUGAAGCGAUUUCUGCAGGAUGCCAUUGCCGAACUGACAUUCAAAAAAUAAGCCUCUUCUUUGACCACCUGCCUAUGUCACAAGUGUAAUCAUUUAUUCUGCUAUAUUCAGAGGAACUUAUAAAUAUAUACCAAUAUGUUCUCUAUUUCUCUAAAAUUAUAUAAUAUAUGUAUAUCCAUUGACUUUCACUUUGUAUACCUUCUUGAUAAAUGAAUUUAGUUUCAUCUUU